CCGCCCACUGCUCCCUGCAGGCCAAGCGCCUGCUGCUGGACCCCAAGUUCGAGGGAUACAAGCUGUCGCUGGAGCCGCUGGCCUGCUACCAGCUGGGGCUGGACGCGGCUGUAGCAGAAGUGCAGCUUCGUGAUGAUCAAUAUACCCUUGACCACAUGCGUGCUUUUGGCAUGUAUAAUUAUCUUCACCUUGAUUCCUGGUACCAGGAUAAUGUCUACUAUGUUGAUCAGUUUGGAAGGGUUAUGAAUCUGUCAGUGACUCUGGACACUGCUCUGCAAAAGCCAAGAGAAGUUUUUAGGCUACCUACAGACUUGACUGCAUGUGAUAAUCGCCUUUGUGCCUCAAUGCAUUUCUCAUCCUCCACAUGGGUUACCCUUUCUGAUGGUACAGGAAGACUGUAUUUAAUUAAAUCAGGCAAGCGUGGAAGCAGUGCAUCUGAAAAGUGGGAGAUUGUGUUUAAUGAAGAACUAGGAAGUCCAUUUAUUUUAGCACACAGUGUUUCAUUUGUAAAAUCUGAUGCACACUCACUAGCUGUGCUGGUGCUUAGGGUAGAAAAAGAUGAACUGGACACAAAAGGAAGCGGAUUUCAUGUUACCUUGGAAUGGCUUACAAUUGCAGAAAGAAAAGAGAGUGAUCAUAGAUACGAAAUCGUUAAAAGGAGAAUUUUGCAAGGAAAAUCAGUCCCUCAUUAUGCAGCAAUAGAGCCAAGUGGGGAUGGGCUAAUGAUUGUUUCCCACAAACCAUUCACAUAUAUGCAAAGUGAAAGUGACAAAUUAGAAGAAAAUGAUGAUGCAAAAGUAUCAAAUGAAAAGAAAGACCCUCUCUACUACUGGCAGCAGACUCAAGAUGAUAUGACAAUAACAGUUCAGCUGCCUCAAGACAUCACAAAAGAUGACAUAAAAAUACGUUUUUCCCCUGAUAAUAUAUGGGUUACACUGAAAGACCAGCCUCCUUUGAUGGAAGGAAAGCUCUAUUCAUCUGUGGACCAUGAAAGCUGCACAUGGAUAAUUAGAGAGGAUAAAAGCUUGGAAAUCUCUCUGAUUAAGAAAAACGAGGGGUGCCAGUGGCCAGAGCUAAUCAUUGGUGAUACAAGAGGGGAAUUCAUUAUGGACCCUUCCCAAUGCUCUGAAAUAGCUGAAAGCCUGAUGCAUCUUACCUCUGAAGUAAUGAAUCCAAACCCUGAAAAGGAAAACCCACCUUGUAAUGCUCAAGAGUUAGAAGAGUGUGAUGCUUUCCUGGAAGACGGCGCAAGCUUGUGCAGAUUUGAUGGUGAUACCUUAAAAGUCACUCAUACAAUUAAUCUUGGAAGCAACCAGUAUCUUUUCUCAGUUGUUGUGAAUCCCAGAGAAAUGCCGUGCUUCUGCCUGAGGCAUGAUGUUGAUGCUCUUCUCUGGCAGCCUCACUCUGACCAACCAGAGAAUAUGUGGGAACACAUUGCUACUUUUAAUGCUUUAGGUUAUGUCCAAGCAUCAAAGCAAGACAAGAAGUUCAUGGCUUGUGCUCCAGAUUAUUCCUACGCUGCUCUUUGCGAGUGCUUGCGACGAGUUUUCAUCUAUCGCCAGCCAACACCUCUGGCCACAGUUCUCUACAACAGGAAGGAAGGAAGACAAGUAGGACAGGUUGCUAAGCAGCUGGUAGCAACCCUGGAAUCCAGUGAUCCUAUCUUAGGCUUUCAAGCUACGAGUGAGAGAUUAUUUGUUCUCACAACAAAAACCUUGUUUUUAAUAAAGGUGAACUCUGGAAAUUAAUUA